AUACAGCUCACAAAAUGAAAGUUGCGUUGGUGCUUUUCGCCGCCCUGGGCGCCCUCGCCUUCGCGGAGGCGUACCGCACAUCGACGCUGAUGCCGUGUCCCAGCCACUGCCCGCCGUCGCCGAGGUUCGUGUGCGCCAAGGACAAACAGGGCAACAUCUACAAGUUCACCAACCACUGCCACAUGCAGAUGUGCGCUUGUAAAAUGUGGCUGGAGGAGGUGUCUGUCUACAAGUGUCGUAACGACUAUCCCGGUUGCCCUCUGAGAGUCGCUAGCGACGAGGUCGCCGGUGAGGAAGUCGCCAGCGACCAGAACCAGUCGCAGAGCGACGACACCAGUGACGGAGACUCGCAGUCCGCCACCGCUGACUCCCUGGAACAAGCCCACCUGCAACGCAACUCACUCAGGAAGAAAGCCAGCAGGCAGGAGGAUUACAGAUACUGAAGCAAUACACUGGAUAUGUAAAAGCUCCUGCCUCGCUGCCAAUAAAUGAGUAGUACAGCAAUGAA